GGGCGCUGCCAGGCGCCGUCGCGGGCCGAUGACGCGGGCGGUCGGUGCGGCGUUUCCCGGUGUCGCUGUUCCCGGUGUGAUGGGAUUGCGCGCCCCGCGCUGAUGGCGGCCCGCCGGACACCGCACGGCUCCGCGCCGGAGCCCAGGGUGGAUGAGUUCACCGUCCCCGCCGAGAAGAGCCGCCUCUUGGAGCGCAGCCGGGACCGCAUCGAGGGCUUGUUCGAGGUGCGGCUGGCCGUGCUGGGGGCGCAGGGGGACUGGCGGCCCGCGCUGCAGCCGCCCAACGCCAGCGCCAGGAUCUGGGUGCAGCUGGCGGGCUGCACGAAGGCCGUGAGCAGCGCCAAGGAGUACAUCAAGGGAGUGUGUGAACCUGAGCUAGAAGAAAAGGAGUACUACCCAAAGGACAUGCACUGCAUCUUCGUUGGUGCACAGAGCCUGUUUCUCAACAGCCUUAUUCAGGAUACCUGUGCUGAUGUAACAGUGCUGGAAAUGGGAUUGCUCAGUAUUAAGGGGGGUGCAGAAGCUGUUGUUAUGGCACAAAGUCAUGUGCAGCAGUUUGUGAAGCUUUUUGAGAAUAAUGAAAGUUUAUUAAAUGACAAUGAAUCAGAGAUUAAAAAGCAGUUCAGACAAUUUGUGGAAGCACAUGCAGAUAAGUAUACAAUGGAUUUACUGAUUUUGCCUAGUGCACUAAAAAGAGAGCUCCUGGCUCUCACCCAAACUGCUGUUUGUGAAGAGAAGACUGAUAUCAUAGACCUCACAGGCUCUGACAGCCCACAGCAACUUGGACAGAACAGCACCUCCAGAGUCAUUGCUGCAAACAGAGACGGAAGGGCAGGUGGGGAGGAAGCAAGAAGCAAUGCUGGCACACCUAUAACUGAGCUGACCAAACAAAUGGACACUGUGCUUUCUGAUGCUUCUGAAACAAGAUUUGUUCCCAUAAAGGACCCUCUGUUAGAGGCAGUGGCUUUUAAAGAGAGGCAGUCAUGUAAAAGAAGGUCCUCUGAUGAGGAGGAAAGGCUCCCUAAAAAGCAUUUCUCUUUGGAAAAGGAUCCACAAGUGAAAUCUGCUUUACACAAGAAUCCUUCAGACCCUGAUGCAGUUAUUGAUCUGGUUUUGGAUAGCUGCAUUGAAUCAGAUGGUCCUACUUACUGCCUUAAAGAAGGUGAUGCUCUCACUGAGGAAAUGGAAUAUAAGAUUCUUGUGAACUUUUUCAGAACCAUGGGAUAUUCCCAAAAUAUUGUAGAAAAGGUUAUCGGUAUCCUAGGACAAUCUACGGAACCGUUACUACUGCUAGAAGAAAUUGAAAAGGAAAAUUUGAAGUUUAAAAAAGAGCAUGAGCAGUCGUCUCAAAAGCCUGUAAGAACUGUAAGUCUUCCUUUAGGAAAUAAUGUAAAUAAUUCACAAAAGCUAGAAGACAAAGGCGUUUCUGGGAAUAAAAGUCCACUUAAAUCCAGCCAUACUUCAAAGGAGACAAAAAAUGAAUAUCACCAAGUGAGAGGUGCUUCAGACACACAAGUUGGUGCAGAAGAUAAAAUGCAUAGAUUGGUAUGCAAAUCUUCUCCUCCUCCCAGCAAAAAUUCAGUUGUGUGCUAUAAACAGAGAGAUGUUUAUGGCCCUGGUAAGAAUCAGAAUCCAAGGUUAAGCAGUGUAGAAACUGACAGUGGGGUGACUUCCAGCACUGUGCACGCCAGAGCUCUAAAAGAUGUUGGCUUUGUAGCCAGGGGGAGCUCAGAUGUGCAGCAAAUCUCAAGUAAGAGUAAAACUGCAUUUCAGCAAAAAACUGCAGGGCCCUCAACUGUACAGAACAGCCAGCCUGGUUCUGAGGAGCAGCUGGGACACUGCAGCUCCUCCCAAGCCAGGCCUCUCCACCAGCGCCUUUCCCAAACCUCGCAUUGUGACAAUCCUGGCCCAGACCGGUUACUGUCUUCACAAAAACACCCUUCAAAUCCAGACAGAGACACAAUGGGACCACAUCCAGAUCAUUCAGUUACUGGAGUUCAAAGAUUUUUGGACUCUCUGAAGAAGCCAUACAAACUGGAGUUGAUAAAUGAGCCUGGAAAACCAUAUUUAAAACAUAUAAUUAUUGAUGGAAGCAAUGUUGCAAUUUCUCAUGGUCUGAGGAAAUUCUUCUCCUGUCGGGGAAUUGCAAUAGCUGUUGACUACUUUUGGAAACGUGGCCACCGAAAUAUUACUGUGUUUGUUCCACAGUGGAGAACAAGACGUGACCCUUCCAUUACAGAGCAGAAUUUCUUAACGCAGCUCGAGGAUGUUGGAAUAUUGUCUUUAACCCCUGCAAGGAUGGUUUUAGGAGCAAGAAUUGCUGCUCAUGAUGACAGAUUUUUGUUACACCUUGCUGCUAAAACUGGAGGUGUUAUUGUGACUAAUGAUAACUUCAGAGAAUUUGUGACAGAAUCAUUUGCCUGGAGAGAAAUUAUUCAAAAAAGGUUGCUCCAGUACACUUUUGCUGGUGACAUAUUUAUGGUUCCUGAUGAUCCUUUGGGAAGAAACGGACCCAGAUUAGAUGACUUCCUUCGAAGUGAAGGCUAUUCUAGAGAUUCCUGGUCAACACACAAGGCUUUACAGAGCAGUGGACAAUAUUAUUCUGAGACACCCUCUUUCCUCCCCAGAGUGAGCAGUAGCAGUCAACAGCCUGGAGGCAGAGUGCAUGAUGAUCGUUCAUCCCCAUUGCUUCCAUGGGAAGAAAACACAGAGCCUUGUCCAGCAAUUCCCCCACAGAGAUCUCCCUCAGAAACAGCCCAGCUAAGAGAAGCCCUGAUCAGAAUUUUUCCUGACUAUGAUCAAAGGCAGAAGAUUGAUCAAAUACUAUCUAAUCAUCCAUUCAUGAGGGAUCUUAAUGCACUAUCUGCCAUGGUGCUUGACUGAAUGCUUCCACAGCUUUAUAUCACAACUGCUCUGACUAACAAUUAUCAAUGUGAAGAAAAAUGUCGCUCUUUUAUGUUACUUUGUGAAUAUUAAAUACCUAAUUUUAUUUGUAUAAACAAAGAUAUUUUUGUGUAUGUUCUGUUGCUAAUAGAUGCCAGGUUUUGGUAAAUUAAAAACUGCUGCUACAACAGAUUUUUAGUAAUAUUUUCUAUGGGGAAAAAAAAGUCUUCUGCUUCACUGGAAUUGCUUGUUAAAGCAGUUGCAGUACUUCCUUUUGAGCAGUGUUAGUACUUUUUGCAGAACCCUUUUCCUGGAAGGCAGAAUUCCCGUCGUUUGGAGACCCGCGCGUGGGAGCAGCUGCCAGCAGGUGGCGGCCGUGGGUCCGUGAGGAGCCCGCGAAGGGCGUGAAAAUCCAAGGAAAUCCAUUUGCUCCUUCAGGCUGGGAGUGCGGUGCGGGGCGGUUAGAAGAGAAGGUUUGAGUUCACAGCUCUCAUCGGGAGAAGGUGUUUUGAAUUCUUUAAAAGAUCUGAAAUCUACACUUGUUUUUAAAUUGGAAAUUAUCUUGACUAUUAGCGUUCUUUCAGGAUAGUUUAAAUAUCUUUAACAAUUGCACUGAUUCCUUGUCUGUUCUAAGUGUGAAUGGUGUGAUGUUAACACAAUGAGACACUGUCUGUAUAGAAAUGGCUUUUUUGUGCCGACCUACAAGCUGUAGUCAGCUCCACCCCUUUAGAUCUGUUCUGGGAUUAAUCCCAAAAAGUAAGGGGCGAAAAGGAAGAUAAUUUAUAAAAGCUGACCAACAGGACCACUUUCUAGAGCAGAGCAAAGUUAAGGUUGUCUAUAUCUCUGUACACACUUAAGUCCUUCCUUUUAACCAGUCUCUGGUGUCAAGUGUUCAAAGUGAGUAAAAUCAAAUUAGGCUGUAAAGACAACUUGGGCUCCAGAGCCCACAUUCAACUUCUGGUGUAUUGAGCCUUACCCUGAAGCAUUAGUGGCUAUCUCUCCAGUUCCAUGGGGUCUGAAGUCAGUCUUUGUUUAUGUGCAAAAGAACUGAAAUAUACUUGAGCAAUUGGGGCUUUUGAAAGACUGUUUGAAAGAUUUCUUUGCAUGGCCCUUUCACGUUUUGUGAAGUCAGAAACAGAAGGCAGUCUUGCUCUUCCCUGAACACAAGCAACCUGAAAGAGAAUUGCAGCAAGAACAAAAUAUUUUAUGAGCAGUAGUUACAGCUUCUCAAAAAUACAGGUGGUGAUGAAGAGAGGCCCUUAAUGUUUCUGCAUCCAAAUAGACAAAUCUAAAUUAUUCUUUUUUCUGUAUAAGCGAGUAGGAGAUUUGCUAUUCAGAUGGGCAGAGUCCUUCUGACCAGCACAUGUUUGCCAAGAACUAGUUCUUACCUGUGAAGUGUUAUGUAAUCUCUGAGUUCUAACCCCAUAAAAACUUAGGCAGGUUCUUAAAUCCUGUUUCACUGACUAUAGUUGGUAUAAUUUUAAUAAAUAGUAAGAGAAUAAUCAUGAGCUCCUUCACACUGCCUGGGGGGCAUGUGUACAUGUGUGAACAUGUUCCUUGAAGAACUUGCCUUCUUUUCAUUAGGUAUAUCCUUGAUUGCAUAUGUUGUUUCCACUUUAUAGGUGCUGGUGUGGGGAUAUAAAUAUAUUGUAAUCUUUAUUUCAUAGAGAAUUGCUUCAUGGAGUUGGAAGGGACCCACAAGGAUCAUCCCGUUCAACUCCUGGCCCCCCACGCUUCAAUUGCCAUCGCAUGCCUGAGAGCAUUGUCCAAAUACUUCUCGAGUUCAGUCAGGCUUGGGGCUGUGCCCACUUCCCUGGGGAGGCUGUUCAGUGCCCAGCCACCCUCUGGGUGAGGAGCUUUUUCCUGAUCUAACCUAAAUCCCCCCACUCAGCUUCAAGCCUCAAGUCCUGCCAUGAGAGCAAAGAGAUUGGUUCUCUUUCUCCUUUCUCUGUUUCUUUCUCCAAAGUCUGUUUCUGAAGCAUGCCUCGUGCUAUUCAACCUUGGUUGCUGCAAAAACUCAGCUAGAAGCAGUGUUUGGAGUGGAAAAUACCAGGGACUUUCCCUUACGUGUGCGUGACCUGGCAUUUCCCCUCCCUCCCUUUAAAGGGGUAAAGUCCCGAGACUGAUUCCUGGUGUGGGGCCAAGUGCAGGAUUUCUGUGACAAAUACAAGAGUUUACUGCCAAAAGGAGUGUUUUCUCUUACGUCUUAAGAGCACGUAAUGUAAACAAUUUCAUUGCAGUUGUCAACAAGCAAAGUUCAGAUGAGCCCCAGUAGUCGGUGCUAGUGCUGCUGCUUUCCUUCCUGUCUCAGUGCCUUUUUGGGUAGCUUGUGUUUUGGAAGAGCAUUUCUGAACCAGAGAGAGUGCCUGUGAAAGUUCCAUGACAAACAGUGACUCACAGUGUCUUUCUAACGCUGGCAGUGUUUCCUUCUGUUUUGCAAGCUUGCGGGCUAUGUUUGAUAUGAAUGCCUUUCCUGCUAGAAUUCUGUGUAGCUGCAUUAAAUGCUAUUUUUAAAUCUGGGGCUGGAUUAUGUUCUGGAUGGCUCUGUUUUAUUGGAAAGGAGUAGCUCUGCUAUAAUUCAUGUAUAAGACCUGUUAUUUUCACAAAUACAGUUUAGAAUAAUAAUGACUUUGCAGAUUCUGAGACCUAAUCUGCUGUCUGGUAUUUGGAGGACUCUGGUUAUGUAAGCAGGUGUUUCUCUGAUGUGUUCAGUUUCUCUUUUUUAUCGCAGAAUGGAAACCCAAGUGCCUUACAACAGUGUAACUCAUGGUGUCCAGACUAUUCCUCCCUUCCUGACUGCUACUGUUUGUGCUCAAUUUUGUACAUAAAUCUACCAGUUUUGUACAUAAAUCUACCAGUUUUCAAUUUUGUACAUAAAUCUACCAAUCUACCAGAUAUGUUGGUAUGUAAUUCUGUGCAUACAGUGGAAAUACUGCAGUGCUCAAGUAGAUGAUAACUUUGAAAGAACAGAUGGAUUUUAGAUUUGUACAUUUUUUAUCUAUGUAUUGUGUGCAUUUAUGUUUAGAAUGUGGUUCCAUUGCACUGUUCAAACUCUGCUGAGGUGCAUAUGACAAUCCCAAGUUUGUCCUGUCUGCCUUGUGGCUCACCAAGUUCUGUCAGAUUGCAUUGUAUAAUUUUUAAAUGGCUAAUUCAAAGGAAGCAUUUUUUUAAGAAGAAAAUGGGUUUGAAUGCACUGGAUCCCCUUUUCAGUCUCCACUUGAGUAUUUUUAACUGUUUCAGGAAUGAUAUUUUAAGUGUACAUAAGAGAAAUAAAAUAUUACAUAUUUUUAAUUAAACAGAAACAACA